AUGACGGAGGCGGGGGGUGACUUACGACGGGUUUUCUUGAAGGAGAUGGUACAUCUUUGUCUGGUUCUGGCCUGGGAGGCUGUAAAUAGGCCGGCGAGCUCCCGGCGGUGCUGCUCGUCUCCCGCCGCCUGACCUUCCCCUUGCUCCACCCAACCUCGGAGGCCCACCGGAGAGAGAGAGAGAGAGAGAGAGAGAGAGAGAGAGAGAGAGUGGGUAGAGAGAUGAAGGACCUGCCGAGGCUGGGCCACCUCUUCGUCUGCGUCUUUCUCUACCACUUCUCCGCAUUCAUGGUCCUCCCGGCCAUCACCGACGUCACAAUGGCCGCCCUCUGCCCCGGCAGAGACGAGUGUGGCCUCGCCAUUUACCUCAGCGGCUUCCAACAGGCCGUAAGUCUCUCUCUCUCUCUAUCCCUUCCUCGUUCUGUAACUCUGCUCAUCGUCUUCUUCGUUCUGCGUCCAUGUUCUUCAUCUACUCCGCCCUUUCUCCCGCAAAGGUGCAGCUUAUCUGAGGACGCCCCAUUUAGAGCAUAGUUUAUGA